UUUGCCAUUCAUUCCAACAGUGGCCUAUAUAGUUCAAUAUCGUACAAGCUAGUUCAGUGCAUGCUCUGUUUCAUCACAUUCUAAAUCUGCCCAUUUUCUUUUGCUAUCUCUUCUCUCCCUCUCUUAUUAGAACAGUUCCGCUAUGGCUCCAAUGAGUCUCCCUCCUGGAUUCAGGUUUCAUCCAACUGAUGAAGAGCUUGUUGCUUAUUAUCUGGACAGGAAAAUCACUGGUCGCACAAUUGAGUUUGAAAUUAUCCCAGAGGUUGAUCUCUACAAAUGUGAGCCUUGGGAUUUACCAGAUAAGUCAUUUUUACCAAGCAAAGACAUGGAGUGGUACUUCUACGGCCCAAGGGAUAAGAAGUACCCGAAUGGGUCAAGAACGAACAGGGCAACACGUGCCGGAUACUGGAAAGCCACCGGAAAAGAUAGGGCAGUACACUCUCAGAAGAGGGCGGUUGGCAUGAAGAAAACAUUGGUUUAUUACAGAGGUAGGGCUCCCCACGGCAUCAGAACUAAUUGGGUAAUGCAUGAGUAUCGCUUAGUCGACUCAGCUUGUGGCACUGCUCCAUCUAGUUUAAAGGACUCUUAUGCUUUAUGUCGCAUCUUCAAGAAAAACAUACAAAUUCCUAAAACAAAAAAAGAAGCUAUUGAGAAUAAUAAUGUAGGGAAAGAUAUGGCUCGGGCACCAGAGGAACAAUUAUUUGGUGAUGAUGCAAGUGGAUAUGAAAUUUUAAGAGGGAGAGAAGUUGAAUUUGAAGAUGAGAAUUUCAAUACUUCCUCUUCGGAUGUCACUCAAGGAACACCCAAUGAAACUGGCAUGGCAGACGAUUAUCAACCCCCAACCACCUCAGAUGAAGCAAACAGUUCAGCCAAUAUGUGUUCUCUUGGCGUAGAUUUCUCCUCCGACCUAAUUCAGAUGCCAGGCUACACAAAUCUUCAUUAUCAAGUUCCAUUUCCACCAUUAGAGCUAGAAGACUUCCCACAGAUAAAUAUAUCAGAGACAAAGUCGUCCAAGGCCGAGAAUAUUGAUGAAUACAUGAUUUAUGACAAGUACAGGGACUACAUAAAUGGAUCGUUAGAAGAGAUUUUCUCCCUUUGUUCCUCUAAGGACAAUUCUAUGCCCCUCUCCAUGUAUGAUUAA